AUGUCCAUGGAAGGAACCUUCGGACUCAAUCCCCGCAGUUUGGAAGUUUUCGAGGACAAGAAUUGUGGACCUGGGAGUUCUUCCGGCCCCGAUGAGGGCAUCAGCCUGGGCGUCACAGACUGCUUCAAGGGUGCCCUGUCCAUGAUUUCGGCCCGUAGGGGUGAGAACAGGACACUGGGGAGAAUGGUCACCGAAGAGUCAAUGACAGUGGUGACGGUAGGAAUGGUGAGGAGACACUCUCACCUCAUUCCACGGAGGGGCCGGGGUCAACCGGCGGGGGGCUUCACUCUGGCGAUCGCAUGGGUCGUAGUCAAGGCCCUCAUCUGGGCCUACGGGCCAACGGUGGUGGGAACGGCGCUGGAUCGAGCCAUGGAGACCAUGGCGCACAUGGAUCUGCCCAAACUGAUGAUGCUGUUCCUGGUCGCCUGGGCACGCAUGGAGGCAAUGAUGGGCCCCGUUGGAGUCUGUCAGUUGACUCCGAUGGGGAGGCGCGUGCGGACACGAAGGGAGGUUCUGACGACAUGCCCGGGCGGUCUCAUCAUGACAGCAUGCGAGCUCCCCAGCAAGGAAAUCUUGCGCAAGGCGAAGAUGGGCCUCGGGGACGCGAGUGGCCGCCAUGAGGCCACGUGGAUUUGGGGUGGCACGAUCUCUCACGACCCCACACCGGGUUCCAUCCGCCACACGGUGAUUGGGCCGGUGGACAUCCGGGAGGUGUCCAAGGGCAUCCUCCGCGGGGUAAGGGUGACUGCGAUCGUGGUGGGUAGGCUUUUCGCCCCCGACGGGUACAAAUACGGGCACGGCCGGAGUUACAGGGACGUUGUCAUGGAGGCCGUCCUCUGCAGCAACCCGGGGACCGUGGUGAUGAUGACCGACGCGCGGGGUCACUUGGUGACAAAGGACCUCCCCACUCACACCAGGAUUCGCAAGCGGGGCAUCGUCUCAUACAAAGGCCUGGUGUUCAGAGUUCCUAAGCGAAUCGGGGUCUGCUGGGACCACUCAGUGAACGGGUGGAUCCCACAGAAACUCCUGGGGCUGUUCAUGGAGACCUGUGGCCAGCUCAGCGGGGAUCAAGGACCAAUCAAUGGAAGUGGAGUGAUCGACGGAGAACGAGUGGAUGACCCCUUCGUCAUGGGCGGACUAUCAGAAGGCCUUUCCUCCUCUGGUCUCUUCAGGGCGGCGAUAUGGACGGCGAGCACCCAAGGGGCCGUCGCCACGUUUGCGGCGUGGGGCCUGUCGCUGGAAAACGUGGUGCAGGCCAUCAUCAACGACGUGACAUGCCAGCCAGGCUUUCUCGUCAACCCGAAGAGAGGACCCGUGAGUUACAUGGAAGCUCUGCCCCAGACGUUCUACUCAUGCAGGGGACGGAACCUGACCAGCUACCGGCUUCAACAGAUCAAGAGGGCCGUGGCGUUCAAGAUUGGCACCAUGAACUGGCCAGACAUCCCCCAGGAGGACUGGGUGGGGCUGGUGGCAAGUGGUGCGAUCUGGGACAGUCCCCCGGACCAGGUGUGCGAACAGCUUGGGCACACCCCAAACCAAGUGCUGUCCAGGACGGUCCUGCAGGGUGCUCCGGGCAAGAGACGACGCAUCGAAGACCAACUGGUGUGGUACAUGACAUCUGUGGGGAACAACCUUUGGUCGAGAGACAGGGGAUUCCCAUACUCCGUGGCAGGGGAAGACGAUGGCCUGGUCGUGCUCGACUUUUACGGAAAGUGA